AUGGCUGAUCGCAGACCAAUCCAGCUUGGAGGGCAUUCGCCUCCACCAUUUCGACCACAAACACCAGAUCCCCAGCACGAAGCUACAGUGGUCCGCCAAGGAUCUCUGAAACGAGCAGAGAAUGCGAUCAAAGAAAUCUUCUUCGGCAACGCCAAGGUCAAGCAGCACGCCAUCGACAAGCAGGUGCAACAAACACAAGAGCGAGAAAGGCAACACAAAGCCAAAGUCCUAACGCCUCCAGAAAGUCCUAGCAUCGAAGAUAUGCCUCAUAUUUCUCUUGGUUCAAGAAGUCCCAGUGUGGAGGCUACUGAUACAGACAGAAUCAAUCACAACGGCUUGGGAACCUUCAAAGGUUGCAGCAUGCAAGGAAGGCUGGGAAAGCCGACGAACCCACCGAAGAACAAGAUGGACAGGCGAAGGCUGUCUGUCAUGCGAGAUGCUAUUGAUGAGGCUGCUGGCGAGUCGUAUGGCUGGCCCGGCUUAGUUGAGUGGUCAUCAUCGAACAAGAAGUAG